AUGUCAAUAAAAGAGUCCGCCAACAUUAAUGUUGGUUAUCCAGUUUAUGCAACCAAAUUCAUCAAUAACAAGACUUUGGUUGUGUUAGGUGGUGGUGGUGAAGGUAAUAAUGGUAUACCUAACAAAAUCACUGCCAUUAAAGUCAGUUUCAAAAUGGAUAAGAAUCAUCGUUUACAACGAUUUAGAGAGAUCACUUUACCUCCUACUGAAGAUUCUCCAAUGUGUAUUGAUCUAGUUAAAAAGGACGGUAAGGAAUACAACGUUUUCAUCGGGUGUAAUCAAUCCACUCAAUUGAUGAAAUCAAUGAAUAUUAACAAUAAUUUAAGAAAAUAUGUUUUCACAGCCGACGAACAUUUGCAAUUCAUUGAUGCCGUUCAAUUAGAUGAUGACAUAUCGGCCGAUGGUGUAGGGGAAUAUCCAAAAAUCAUUGAUUUAUCAACCGAUAGUAAGUUUGGAUGCUUUAUGACAUCCAGUGUGCCAAGUGUUAUUUCCUUCUUUGAUCCAGUUGAAUUACAAUUAACUUCGAAAUUUUCAUCUCCAGACGAAAUCAAAGAUUUUAAUUUAUCACCCGAUAACAAGAAGUUGGCCUACAUUACCAGCAAAAAGCUAGAAAUCGUUUCGACAGAUACCAUGGAAAUCAUUCAUUCAUCAACUAAAACCGAAGCAAAUUCUAUUUUUAAAAAUCUCAUAUUGACUAAAAUCAAAUAUGUCAAUGAUGAUGAAUUCAUUAUUACUGCCAAUAAGAAGAAAGGAGUGUGUGUUUUGAAAUAUAAGGAUGGCAAGGUUACUAAAAUGAAUGAAUUUUCCAAUAAAAUUAAAGGUUUAGUAGCUUUUGAUUUUAAUACCAAUAGUGGCUUAAUUGCUGUGGCAGGUAACGAUUUUUCAUUGACCAUUUUAAGAUUAUCUGAUUUGAAGGUUUUGAAAACAUUCCCUAAAUUACAUGAAUUUGCAUUAACUUCUGUUAGUUUCUCCCCCAAUGGUACUAAAUUAGUAACAGGUUCGGCUUCAAAUAAUGUUCACGUUUUCAAAAUUCCAAACAACUACUCAAAGGGUACUUCUGUACUCAACACUUUGGUCAAUUCAGUGUUUUAUUCAUUGAUGUUGAUAAUUUUAGCUAUUUUCAUUCAAUCUUCUUACGAGUCAGGUGAUUUAGCCAAUUAUUAUGAAAAUUCCUUGAAUUUUGCUACUCAUUAUUUUAGUUCGGUCAUUGAAUUAUCAGUCUCAAGCUAUGAACUUUUAAAAGAAAAAAUCACCAAAUUAGAGGGUGACGAAAAGACAAAUGAAUACUUUACUAUGAGUGAUUGGGAAGAAACCACUACCGAAUCUCCCAUAAUUGAAUCAACUUGGCCAGCAGAUGAUAUUGUGAGCGAAGUUUCCGAAAGUGAAAUGGUAACUGAUAUCGAAACAACCGUUGAGUCUACCGUUCCUGAACCUGUAGAAGAAUCCACAGCUGAACCAGUGGAACACGUUGAAAAAGAACUUCAUCAACCUGAAGAAGCAUCGUCUCCUGAAGUCGAAGAUGAAGAUAAAGAUGAAGAAGUGGAAGUGGAAGUAGCCAAAGAACAGGAACAACAAGAGGAAGAAGAAGCUGCCGAAGAAACAGAAGUCGAACAACCUGUCGAAGAAGAAGCUAUCGAAGAAGAAGGAGCCGAGGAAGAGGAAGCUGAACAAGUCGAAGAAGAGGAAGAAGCUGUUGAAGAAGAAGCUGUUGAAGAAGAAGCUGUUGAAGAAGAAGCUAUUGAAGAAGAAGCUAUUGAAGAAGAAGAAGAAAUCGCUGAAGACGAAGAUGAAGAUGAAGAUGAAGAAGAAGAUGAAGAUGAAGAUGAAGAAGAAGAAGAAGAUGAAGAUGAAGAUGAAGUCGAGGAAGAAGAAGAAGCUAUUGAAGAAGAAGUCGAAGAAGUCGAAGAAGAAGAUGAUGAAGAAGAAGAUGAUGAAGGAGAAGUCGAGGAAGAAGAAGCUAUUGAAGAAGAAGCCGAAGAAGGAGAAGAAGCCGAACAAGUCGAAGAAGAACCAAUCGCUGAAGACGAAGACGAAGAUGAACAAGAAGUCGAAGAAGAAGAAGGAGUCGAAGAAGAAGAAGUCGAGGAAGAGGAAGCUGAACAAGUCGAAGAAGAGGAAGAAGCUGUUGAAGAAGACGCUAUUGAAGACGAAGGUAUCGAAGAAGAAGCUAUUGAAGAAGCCACUGAAGAAAAAGCCACUGAACAAGAAGUUCCAGAAGAAGGAGCCAUAGGAGAAGGAGCCACAGGAGAAGAAGUCCCAGAAGAAACUGAAGUGGAAAGUGAAGAAGCUGUUGAAGAAAAUGGAGACAUCGAAGUCCAAGAAGAGAUAACUGAUGAAAUUCCAAUUCAAGAAGUAGAUACUGGGCUCCAAAUUGACGAACCGAUCGAAAUUUCCAACAACGAGACCAAAGAAGAUUCAACUUAUGAAUCUAUUGCUCAAAUCGAAAUUGAAACUGGAAUCGACGGUGAAUCUCCAGAAGGAACAGUCGUCGAAGAAACGGCAGUCGAAGAAACUCCUGAAGUUUCUGAAGUUGAAAGUGAAAUAGAAAUCCAAGAAAGUGAAGCCGAAACAACUGAGGAAUCUAAAGAAACUCCACCUGAAGCUCUAGAAGUUGUGGAAGAAGCUAUCGAUGAGACAGUACCAGAAAUCAAAGAAGAAAAGAUUCCAACCAUCGAGAAUGUUAUUCCUCCCGUAUCCCUCGAACAAGCUACUGAGAAAACCACAGAAACAGAAGAGUCAAUUGAGGAAAAAACUUCUGAAUCAACCGUUUCAGCAGCCAGCCAGGAACCAGAAUCAUCGAACACUGAGAUUCCUGAACUCAUAAUCGAAAUCACCAAGGUUAUAGAAAGAAAUGAACCUGAAAUCACCACCACAUCAACCACAAAAGCAUCCCCCAAACCAAAGUCUAAACCAAAGAAGAAAAAAGUUAAAAAGGUCAAAAAGGUCAAACCUCCAGUUCAUGAUGAACUUUAA